AUGGUAGGCACGGCACAUACGGGCGUCUAUCAACCGGACAUGGUUAAACAACCAUCUGAUAAAGAGUUUGUGAGGGGUGAUUCAGAGUGGGCGGCUGUGUUCUCCAGGUACAAGUCUCAAAUGUUGGUAGACGGCAAACUUACUGGACAUCCCUUUGAUGUUAUUGAUGGAGGUUUGACGGGAGUUGGAGAGGGCCUGAGACGUUUACAGAGAGGUCAGGCUAGGGGAGUCAAAUUUGCCUACAAGGUGGGAGAAGUUGAGUGA